CUCACUUACUUUGGUAUCACAAACAGAGAGAGAGGGAGGAGAGAAGAUUUAUAUACAGAAAAAGAUGUCAAAGGGAAAUCUUCUUCUUCUGGAUUGCUGGGUCAGUCCUUUCUGCAUGAGGGCCAAGAUUGCAUUGGCUGAGAAAGGUGUUGCAUAUGAAUCCCAGGAGGAGGACUUGUUUGGUGGAAAGAGUGAACUCUUGCUCACAUCAAACCCAAUUUACCAGAAGGUCCCAGUCCUUCUACACAAUGGUAAGCCCAUCUGUGAGUCCACCAUCAUUGUUGGCUACAUUGAUGAAGCUUACCCUUCACCACCAUUGCUCCCUCCUACUGCCUAUGAGAGAGCGCAAGCCCGCUUCUGGGCCGAUUACAUCGACAAGAAGGUGUUUGAUGCAAAUGGUGCUGUGUGGAGGAGCAAAGGAGAGGCAUUGGAGGUAGCAAAGAAGGAUUUCUUGGAGAUUUUGAAGGUGCUAGAGGGAGCCCUGGGGGAGAAGAGUUACUUUGGAGGUGAUAGCUUUGGAUUUGUUGAUAUCAUUGCAAUCCCUCUCACUUGUUGGUUCCCUGCAAGUGAGAAGUUUGGGGAGUUUAAGGUUGAGGAUCAUUGUCCCAAAUUCUCAGCUUGGAUCAAAAGAUGCAUGCAAAUAGAAAGUGUUGCUAAAACUCUUCCUGACCCUGCAAAGGUCUAUGAAUUUGUUGUGAUGUUUAGGAAGAUGCAAGGUAUUGAGUAAGGGCAUGUAUGGCUUUGGUUUGGUAAUUAAAGUGUGUUGAGGUUUUUCAAGUCAUUUUUCUCUAACUAGAGAGAACAGAAUAAUGGAAAAAGGAGUGUUUUCCUUUUCUUUUCUGGUUUUUGUAAUUCAAUAAAGAUUGGUGGGCUGAGGCCCACUUUCAUUU